UAACGGUCCGAGGAAUAAUCAAGACAAAAAGAAGUACCCAAGAUUUUGAGCAGAACCUGAAUAUGUGUGUACCUUCCUAUGAGUUUCCAGAUGCUGAGGGCAGCGCCAGUGGUGAGAGGCCUCGGCCGAGCCGGCCGCUCCCCAGCUGAAGGCCACAGGUGGCACGCCCCGGUUCGUCACUCACCUGGACGGUGCGAGGCUUCCGGUCCCGGCUCCCCAGUUGCUGCGGUGGUCUGGCGCCUGAACCCUGGGCUGUGUCUUGGCCCUCUGGCUACUGACCUCAGUUCGAAGAGUCCGUUUCUCGAGGCUCAGCGCCGGCGCAGAGCAGCUGUGCGGAGGUCGUACCAGGGCUGGAGAAGGAAGGGCGAUCAAGCCCGAGUGACCCCGCGCUCCAUCCCAGACGCGUACCGGGGAUUGGACUCGGGACCUUGUGCUUUCAAGGUGGCCCCUGGGUGGGGCAAAGUUCCCUGUUUUUAUCCCAAGCCCCCGUCCUGGUGUGGGCCACUGGCUGCAGGAUGAACUGUCGCUCAGAGGUGCUGGAGGUGUCGGUGGAGGGACGGCAGGUGGAGGAGGCCAUGUUGGCUGUGCUGCACACAGUGCUCCUGCACCGAAGCACGGGCAAGUUCCACUACAAGAAGGAAGGCACCUACUCCAUCGGUACUGUGGGCACCCAGGAUGUUGACUGUGACUUCAUUGAUUUCACCUAUGUGCGAGUGUCCUCUGAGGAGCUGGACCGUGCCCUGCGCAAGGUUGUCGGGGAGUUCAAGGAUGCACUGCGAAACUCGGGUGGUGAUGGGUUGGGGCAGAUGUCCUUGGAGUUCUAUCAGAAAAAGAAAUCUCGGUGGCCUUUCUCAGAUGAGUGUAUCCCAUGGGAAGUGUGGACAGUCAAGGUGCAUGUGGUGGCUCUGGCCACGGAGCAGGAGCGGCAGAUCUGCCGGGAGAAGGUGGGUGAGAAGCUCUGCGAGAAGAUCAUCAACAUUGUGGAGGUGAUGAACCGGCAUGAAUACCUGCCCAAGAUGCCCACACAGUCGGAGGUGGACAACGUGUUUGACACAGGCUUGCGGGAUGUGCAGCCCUACCUUUACAAGAUCUCCUUUCAGAUCACUGAUGCCCUGGGUACCUCAGUCACCACCACCAUGCGCAGGCUUAUCAAAGACACCCUUGCCCUGUAGGCCUGCUGGAGUUGUGGGAGCUCCUUUGUGGCUUCCAGGGACUGUACUGUCAGGCCCUUGGGAGUCUGACCCGGCUCUGGGUUCUUGGUGAGACUUGGAAAGGGUGGCCCUUGGCUUGUUUUGUGGUUGCCAGCCUCUGGUCAUCCCUGAACCUUUGCUGGCAGUCAUGUUCUGCUUACAGUCUCUUCACUCCCUUGGAGAGGAUCCCCUUUUGUUCUCCACUGUACAGAAGAGCCACCACGAGGAUGGUAAUAAAGCUGAGACAUGAGUUUGGGUUCAUCCUCAAUCAUUAAGACUUCCUGGUGUUCCUUCAGGGACACAGGUGUGAGCAGGAACGUGACUCCAAGCUGAGGGGAUGGAUGGAUGGGAUUAAAGACAGAUUAAAACUGA